AUGCAUCGGCUUGCAUCUGCCAGAAAUUUCUAUCAAAGUUCAUAUCAUGGGAUUUCCUUGACAUCGAACAAAACAGUCAGAAAUACUUCAUUUAUAGAAAUAAAAUGUACAUUUUGUCGCAAUAUUUUGUUGAGCCGACUUGGUUCAGAAAACUUCUAUGCAACAAGACAUCAAUCUACGAAAACGGCUAACUUACUCAAUUCGACAAGGAAAAAGAAACAUAAAAAUUAUAAAAAAUAUGGAGAAUUGCUUGAAGUUGGUGCGCAAGCUAUGACUGAAACAAAGGUCUCAAUAAGCAAACUACGUGCUGUACAUUUAUCAAAGCUUGCAACAAGUUCUGUUUCUCUUGGCCAACUGCAUCAAUUAACUACAAAGCCUACAAAAACUUCAAAGGUGGCCGAAGUAGAUCCAGAACUGUUACAGUCUGUUAGAGAUAAAAUAUUAAAGAAAAAAACAACUGUAAAUAACCAUUCUACAGUUGCGGAGAGCUCUAAAGACAUUGUUUUAGAAGAUGAUAAAUGUGCAUUAAUAUAUACUAGUCAUAAAUUAGCUAAUAAUGAAGAUAAAUUCAAGGCCAAACAAUAUAUAGACAUGGUGAAAGAAAGUUAUUAUAAUUUUAGAAAAGCAACAAUUUAUGAUCAGAGGUUGCAAGACUUGAGGCAUGCAAUCACUGAAGGAUUGACUCAGGAAUUCAACUUAGAUGAAGUUCCAGCAAGCAAAAAUGAUCUUUUAAAAGAAAGAAAUCAAUUCAUCCCCUUGACAAAGGGACCCCAUGCAGUGUUUAGGGAGCUUUUUGUAGAUAGCCAGUUAGAUAGCUAUGAUCAGGAACUCAUGAGUCAUAUUACAAACAUACAAUCUCAAGGUCUAAUACAUCCAGCAAUAGAAGACAUCUAUGGUGAUCCAGCACUCCACAGUGAAAUAGCUGACACUAGGGAAGAUCUGGAUUUAGAUCAUAUUGACUCUGUUCCUACGAAAGCAUUAAAGAUUAAACAAGUGAAACAAGCAAUUAGAGAAAAAAACAAGGUGAAACGCGAAAAGCGUCGAGCGAAACAAGAAUUGAAUAUGAAACAAGACAUGAAGCAAUUGGAGCGGCAAGGUAAACAAGAAUCCUUGCAUCGGGUCCUAGCUGCACAUUUGCAACUACUCUGCUCCUUAGACAUGAUACAAGAGGGUCACCAAGUUUUACAGUAUUAUAGACAACGGGGUUCGAGAACAGUGAGUCAUCCUAAAAUAAACGAUGUUAAAGUUUACAAUACACUAUUACAUGGCUACGCUAAAAUGGGAUCGCUGGAAGACACACAAAAAGUAUUGUCAUAUAUGUCGCAGGAUAAAAUACAAAUGAACGCACAAACAUAUGCAGCAAUGUUCGAAUGCAUUGAACGAAGCAGAAAAAAUCCCGAUGAAAAAUUAGAUUUACUCUCUCAUUAUGAACAAGAAAUGCGUCAUAAGAAUAUAACCUUGAAUGACUUACUAGACAAGACAAAGUUUCUGUACGAUCAACGUGAAGUAGUUUUACAAGCGAUACACAGGAUACAGCCGACAUUCGAACCAAAUUAUACGCGACCCGUACUCGACUACAACUGCCGUUUACUAGACCGGUUAACAUUGAACAAUGUUGAGAAUAGACAGGGGCUACUGACGUCACCGGUCGGAGACGUCGUGUCGCUGGAAGAGAUGAUAAAGAAGGGGAAAGAGCAGUUGCAAUAUGAAAUCAAAGGCGAGAUAGACAUACAGAAUAUUGCUGUCAAGGAUGAGAACUCACCUAACGUCGUCUUUUGCAGAAAGAAACUUGAAGCGACAGAAAAUGAAUGGCGUGGUGUGAUUCGCGAAGCGUUUGUACGAAAUCUCGGUACACUUAAAUCUCAAUGCUGCGCUUCGCAUUCGGCCAUUACUCUGUAUCCCUACCUUAAAGUAUUACAGGUUGAUCAAUUCGUCGAUUUGGUCAUGGGUGAGCUUAGCAAACUGGUUGAUGGCAGUGAGACGUACAGUCCUACGCUAAAACUACUACAAAGGGAUUUAGGAACUCAAGUAUAUCACAAGUAUCAAAUAGAACAAUACCGGCACAACGGCACCCUGCAGAAGAUAGAGCGUAUUUACGAAAAGUACUGCGAGUGGUACGUGAAGCGCGAGUCGGUCGACAACACCGGCUUGCCGUACAACGGCCGACAGGCGUGGCAGACGCUCAUACAUUUGAAUAGAGAAGGUCCUAGUAUGGAUAUAGAAGAAACACCGUGGCCUAUAGAAAUGCGUCAAAACAUUGGCAAGUUCUUAUAUAACAUCAUAAUAAAUGACGUCAAAAUUGAUGUCAACAUGUUCAAGACGAAAGGGAAAGAAAAGAAGUUGCCAGCGGUGUACAAGGUGCACCGGCCGUGGGGCCGCCUGGUGCGGCUGGAGCUCAAGCCGCACCCCGUGCUGGCGCGCCUGUGGGCCGGCGCCGCGCGCCGCGACCUGCGCAUGCGCGCCGCGCUCACGCCCACGCACGCGCCGCCCGCGCCCUGGGCCCGCGUUGACCGGGGCGCUUUGCUACUCACGCACACGCCCCUCGUCAGAAUGCCAUUUAACGUGACGUGUCAAUUGAAACGCUUCGAGUCUGCGCCGACGGAAUCGCUGUACCCUGUGUUAGACAGCCUCAAUCAACUCGGCGAAGUGCCGUGGGUCAUCAACAAGCCUAUACUUGACUUGCAGAUACAACUCUUUAGAAAUGGCGGCAAUAAAAAGUUGGACAUACCUCCCCCAUCAUCGGCGUUGGAUACGUUCAAGUUCGAGCCCGUCACCAGUGGGGACGCCGCCGACACUUUCAAACGGCGCGUGGCAAUUAAUCGAGCUCGCGCUGAAAUGCACUCGCUUUGGUGUGACUCGCUAUAUAAAUUGUCACUAGCCAAUCAUUACAGGGACUCGAUAUUCUGGUUGCCGCACAACCUGGACUUCCGCGGGCGCGUGUACGCGUGCGGCCCGCACGUGUCGGCGCUGGGCGCGGACGCGCAGCGCGCGCUGCUGCGCUUCGCCCGCGCGCGCCCGCUCGGGCCCAGCGGCCUGCGCUGGCUCAAGCUGCACGCCCUCAACCUCACCGGCACCAUGAAGAAGAGCACGCUCGACCAGAGAUUGGAAUAUGCAGAUAGCAUAAUGGACAAGAUCUUGGACUCCGCCGACAAACCGCUAGACGGAGAGGGAUGGUGGAUGCAGUCUGAGGAGCCGUGGCAGACGCUCGCCUGCUGCAUGGAAAUAGCGAACGCUAUUCGAUCACCUAAUCCUGAAGAGUUCGAGAGCGGGUUCCCGGUGCACCAGGACGGCUCGUGCAACGGGCUGCAGCACUACGCGGCGCUGGGCGGGGACGCGGCGGGCGCGGCGGCCGUCAACCUGGCGCCGCGCCCCCAGCCCAUGGACGUGUACAGCGCCGUCGCCGCGCUCGUAGAGGAAAUGAGAGUACGAGAUGCUGCCGCAGGAGUUCCCGCAGCCAUUAUACUGGAGAACUUCGUAAGGAGAAAAGUAAUUAAGCAGACGGUAAUGACAACCGUGUAUGGAGUUACUAGAUUUGGCGCUAGGCUACAGAUCGCCAAGCAGUUGAAAGACAUUGACGAGUUUCCGAAGGAGCAUGUUUGGUCGUGCUCGCAAUACCUAACGACGAAAACGUUCGACAGUCUGCGGGAGAUGUUCACCUCCACCAAGCUGAUACAGGACUGGUUCACGGAUUGCGCCAAGCUGAUCUCGGGCGUGGUGGGCGAGAGCGUGGAGUGGGUGACGCCGCUGGGCCUGCCCGUGGUGCAGCCCUACUACCGCCGCGCGCCGCCCAGCUCCGCGCACCACUGCCAGCCGCCGCUCGACCAGCAACAGCGGCCAUGCACGAUGAAACAACGCAACGCCUUCCCGCCGAACUUCAUCCACUCCCUGGACUCGUCGCACAUGAUGCUGACGGGGCUGCACUGCGAGGCCAGCGGCGUCACCUUCGUGUCCGUGCACGACUGCUUCUGGACUCAUCCGCAUACCGUCGACAUCAUGAACAAGAUUUGCCGAGAACAAUUCGUCGCUCUUCACUCGCAACCGAUUUUAGAAGAUCUAUCUAAGUUUAUGGUGGAACGAUAUAGUUAUAACGAAAGUGAAUUGGAACACGGGAACGCAGGCGCAGCCAACAAGAAACGUGUCAACAGCUUGUUACAGAAGGUGCCCAGUAAAGGAGACUUCGACCUGAACAGCGUUCUCAGAUCUGUCUACUUUUUCAGUUAA